UAUGUGCCGUUUGUUUCCUUUCACUGCUGCUUCCUUUCUUCUUCAGUGAAUAAGAUAUGGAAAUGGAGCCAAUGGUGAUUGAGGUGAAAGAAAUAGAUAUGGAGUACGAGUUCGACGCAGCUCGGUGGUAUGAUUUCACUCGGAUGGAGUUACCGGCAGAGUCUGAGGCAGCCGAGCUCUGGUUUCACUCUGCUCCCUCCUACGCGCCUUCUCCUUUCGUCACAACAUUGUUACUUAUAGAGGAGGUUUCUCAUGACAAGACCGAGGAGGAUGAGAAAGUCACAGCAGAUGUUUGUGGCAUAGAUAGAGAAAUCUAUCAUCAGCAUCCACAUUUGAAUAAGAAUGGGCCUCCGGUUAGCAAUCACAAACACAAUGAUAAUAAACCAAAGUUCCGAGCUAAAUCAAGCAUCAGACCAUCUCCAAGGAGCUCAACGUUAAUGAGACCUACUGCUAGUCAGUUAGCUAAACAAAAUUAUGCCAGAAAAUUCCCUAUGCAAGUGGAUAAAAUUCAUGAGAAAGGCUUAUGUGGGACCAAAGUUCAAGCGGCUAAAAGACAGAAGCUUGACGGAGGUCUUCUUCGUAAGGUUGCUGGUACAAAGCAGGAGAUGAGUUUUGUUCACAAGAUACCCAAGAAGGAUACAACUCUUGAUAGAAACUCACAACAUACGAGGAUAAAACUUACUACUCCACAUGAGCAUGAUUUUGCUACAUCGCAGAGGGCACACAAGAUACGACACAAUAAUGAUCAGAAGUUAGAACAGGACUCAACAGCUGUAUAUAGAUUCAAAGCACGUCCAUUUAACCGAAAGAUAUUUGAUGCUCCAUCAUUGCCUGUCCGGAAAAAGAGCACUCCAAAACUAACUGAGUUCCAAGAAUUUCAUUUGAAGACUUCAGAAAGGGCUAUGCAACAUUCUUCAGCAGUAACAAAAAGGUCUAAUCAAUGGAAUCAUGCGUAUAAGGGGCCAGACAAGUCUAAUAUAACUGAUGUGUUUGACGGUGUUAGCAUGGAAAGUAGGAGACCAAGCGGAAUGGAUAUAUCUAAGCAUGAUCUCUCGGAGGGCAAACAAGUUUUUAAAGCUCGUCCUCUGAGCAAGAAGUUUCCUGAUAAGGAUGAAACUGAUUCCGAGAUGGCAACACAGGAGUUUAAUUUCCAACCGGAAAAGAGAGUUCAACAAGAUUUACCAACAGACCUUUUCAGCAAGCUCUCCAUCAAAUCCGAGCUCAAGCAAAACAAUGGAUCACGCCUAAGAUUUACUCAAGCAAAGGGCUUCAAGGAAAAUAGAGUGAACUCUUUCCAAGCAGGGAAUGAGGUAACACCAAUUGCAGCUCAAAAAACGCUAUCUUCAGCUGGACAACAGAUACAUUCUGGUCAUAGGGGAAUAAUUCUUGAAACAAAACAACGAUGGACCGCUAGUAGGAGCUUUGCAUACGCUGAUGGUAUAUAGAAAAAGCCUUUGUAGUAUCUGGAAUCAUCAUCACCAUCAACUCCUUUUGUACAUUCAGAUUUGGUUCUCUUCUCAAUCUGAUCCUGUGGUGUAACUCCUUCAUCGCAAAGCUAACAUGUUAAAAUCCAGAGAAGUAGAACUAGGAGGGAGGAAAGGCAAAAUCAAACCAGAUUCUUCACUUCUUACA